GCUGUACACACAUAAUUGGUGAUCACUCUUCAUGAUGCUGGGACUUGUAGUGCCACAAUAUAUUGAAACUUCUUUUCUUCCUCGCACAUGCUCUGGCGGUCAGGGUUCUGUCUGCCUUGGUGUAUGCUUGCGCACAGGCUUAAGGUUACAGCAGCAGAUAGGGAUAAUGACUGUGACCCGACAGAUCUUGUGACGCGAUGAAGCUGAAAGUGGUGUACAAGCCGAUUUCCUCCCCGGAGCAGCCUGAAGAUCCUGUUAUUGGCUUGGGCCGUCUGCAGGACAAUGCUCUCAGGUACUACCGCUGUGCCCUUGUCAUUGCCGUCCUGGUCACUGGGCUGUUCUUUCUCCUGGCUGCUCAGCUUCUCCUCUUACCCCUCUUUUGUACCGGCUCCACAGUGAGGACUGAGACUAUGUUCAGCCAGGGCAACACAUGCAGUGACCCAUGCACGAUGGUUUUGGUGGAGAGUAUACCUGAAGGACUUGUGUACCCUGCAAAUGCCUCAACUAAUCCUUCCACAUACCAGUCCUGGAUGGACCUUCUAAGUGCGGCCAAGAGCAGUGUAGACAUUGCGUCUUUCUACUGGACGCUGACCAACAAUGACACCCACACCAAGCAUCCCUCCGCCUAUCAGGGCGAAGCAAUCCUAAAAGAAAUGCUGAAGUUAAAGCAGCGUGGUGUCACCCUGAGAAUAGCAGUCAACCUGGCUUCAUCUCCCAAGAAGGAUGAUGACCUUAUUGCCCUCAAAAACAGCGGAGCUGAGGUUAGGGAUGUAAACAUGCAGCAGCUAACUAGCGGUGUUCUGCACACUAAAUUUUGGGUGGUGGAUGGCAAGCACUUGUAUAUUGGUAGUGCAAACAUGGACUGGAGAGCAUUAACACAGGUUAAAGAGUUGGGAUCCACAAUCUAUAACUGCAGUUGUCUUGCUCAAGACUUGGGGAAAAUGUUUGAGGCUUACUGGGCACUGGGGGAACCCAAUGCCACCAUUCCCUCUCCAUGGCCGGACAAGUUCUCCACCAUCUUCAACAAGGAAACUCCCAUGGAAGUGACUCUGAACAACACACCAUCUCACGUUUAUCUCUCGAGCUCCCCACCACCGCUCUCCGCUAAGGGGAGAACAGAUGACAUUGAGUCCAUCCUGAGCGUGAUAGAUGAUGCCAAGAAAUUUAUUUAUAUCUCCGUCAUGGAUUAUACCCCCACUGAGGAAUUCAUUGUGCCAAAGAGGUAUUGGCCAGAAAUUGAUAACCGCCUGAGGAAAGCUAUUUAUGAGAGACAUGUGACUGUCCAACUGCUGAUCAGCUGCUGGGCGAAUACUAAACCUUAUAUGUUCCCCUUCCUGAACUCCCUGGCUGCCCUGCACAGUAACAAGACGCAUUACAACAUAGACGUGAAAAUUUUCGUGGUACCUGUGUCUCCUGAGCAGAAACAUAUCCCCUAUGCCCGAGUCAAUCACAACAAGUAUAUGGUGACGGACAGAGUGGCUUAUAUAGGUACUUCCAACUGGUCUGGAGACUACUUUAUCCGCACAGCAGGAGCUGCACUAGUGGUGAAUCAGACCUGCGCAGACAAUGCCACAGGCACCAUGCAGGAACAGCUACAGGCCGUGUUCAUGAGAGACUGGAAUUCAGACUACAGCCACACUAUGCACUCACUGACUUCCUUUAAGGAGAAGUGCAUCUUCUAGGGAGUUACAGCUCGGAGAGGCCACACUACGGCAAUGAUUGUUCUAUCCCUGUCAUUUCCUGGGGAUCAUACUAGAAUACUUGAACUUGAAGGCUAAUUGAACAUAAUGGGGGGAAUUAAAUUGUAUGAAAAGUCGGUUGGGUGCCUGUUUUUUCCUGUCUAUUAGAUAGGAAAAAAACAGACACCCAACUGACUUUUCAAACAAUUGAAUACCCCCCAAUGAGAACACAGUAGGUGCUGAAGUAUUAUAAAGGGGUAAGCAAAUAUGGCUCCUAUCUCUGUUCACAGAUAGGGCUUCUAUUAAUUGUCUGAUUUAGGUCAAAACAGCACAGCACUUUAUAUUGAGUUUUCACUACCUCAGCCAAUACGUGUGGUUAUUCCUGUGCAUCUGUAUGAGCCUAGAACAAAUCUGCUCUCAAGCAAGCCAUCUGUUUUGGUUAUACCCCUCACAAUAAAACAUUACACGUAGCAGUGA